AUGGAGGUGACCACCGUGUCCCCAUCUCCUGCCUCACCCACUGAAGGAGAUGAUCUGUGUGGGACAGAUGUCACUGAUGUGGCCAUACACACUGUGACACUGCUCAUCUGCCUCUGUGGGCUGGCUGGGAACGGGGCUGUCAUCGGCCUCCUCAACCUGAAAAUCCCCAACUAUCGCUUCUUUGUCCUGGCUGUCACUGAUUUCCUCUUCCUUCUCCUCACAGUCCCCUCUGCCCUCCUUUUCCUGGUGGAGGAUGUGUCCUGCUCUCCUGUCAUGCCCCUGCUGUACCUGAGUUUCCUUUUCCAGCUCUCAGUGGUCUCCUACUACUGGGCGCUGUUAUGGCUGAUGCCCAGGAGACCUGUUGUAUAUAUGGACAAGCUCUGCAAGUUCUGCUGUCACUGUAACCUUCUUCUACGCCUGACUUGGAUGGUGGAAAGUGUCCAAUACUGGGCCUUCUUUGCUCUCUUUGCUGUCAUCCCCACAGUGACAUUCCUGUGCCCAUCAGAUGAGCAGGAGCUCUGCCGGGCAGCUCUCAUCUCCAUGUACAUCAUCAUGCUGCUCCUCUUUGUUAUACCCAUGCUCAUUUCAAUCACAGUUGAUUUCAUUAUUUCCAAGGUGGGCUCCCAACAGCAGCAGCCCAAAAGGCGCGACAUUGUUAUCCUCAUCACUGCGCUCUUCACUCUCCUCCUCAGCCUCUGCAAUUUCCUGCAGCACCUCAGUUACAUCGUUGUAUCAUCAGAGGUUUUUUUCCUGCUCGCCUGCAUCCACAGCAGCAUCAAACCCUUCAUCUACUUCUUCUUGGGGAGGUGCUGCAGGCCCUGCUCCGUGGGGUCCCUCCGGCUCUCCCUCCAGAGUGUCUUUGAGGAGCAGAAAAAGAAACUGCAUAGAGAAAUGAUCCUGCCAUGA